CCCUGGUCUACAGGCCGUAACUGGACCAUACUCAAUUGGGAUGGACAUCAAGCAAGCAGCAGUGAGCGUAACGCAUGGAAGUUCCUGUCUCUUUAACAAAAGUCCAAUGUCCAAGAAAGUCUGCGAGGCUGCAAAAUGGACCUGAGGGAGCUGGCUGUGAACACGUUGGCCCAGAAUAAGAAAGCCGCUCUUCUGAUCGGCGGAGCUGGCGUUGCUGUUCUGGGACUCGGUCUUGGAUAUAAAUACUUGCGAAAGCCAGAAAAAGUUGUUCGUGUAGGCGUAGUGUCGCAGAUCCUCAUUCACCCUCUGAAGUCUGGCAAAGCGGUGUCUGUGGCUCUCGCAGAAUGCCAGAAAAUCGGUUUGAAGUUUGGAGAGCUGCAGGAUCGACACUGGCUGGUGGUCACAGACGACGGUCACAUGGUGACAGGCAGACAGGAGCCUCGUCUGGUGUUGGUGUCUCUGACCUGCGAGGGAGUUCAAGUUUGUCUGAACGGCCCCAACAUGGAAGAGCUGCGGUUUCCUGUCAAACAGCCCGACAACCCCGUCAUCGACUGCAGAGUGUUUGGCGCUGACAUUCAGGGCCGGGACUGCGGUGACGAGGCGUCUCGCUGGCUCACUCGUUAUCUGGGGGCAGAGAAGACGUUUCGCUUGGUGCACUUUGAGCACCAGAUGAAGCCCAGGAGGCCGACGGAGAUCGAGCCUCUUUUCCCACAAUAUGAGCAGGUGGCCUACCCAGAUGUCGGACCUGUGAUGCUGCUGUCCGAGGCUUCUGUCAAGAAUCUCAGCAGCAAGUUAGAGAAAGAUGUUACAGUGGAGCGUUUCCGCCCAAACAUUGUCAUAAGUGACUGUGAAGCUUUUGAUGAGGAUUCAUGGGAAGAGCUCCAGAUUGGCAGCGUGAGACUGCAGCGUGUAAUGUCGUGUGGAAGAUGCAUUUUCACCACAGUUGACCCUGAAACUGGCAUAAUCAACAGAAAAGAGCCUCUGGAAACACUGAAAAGCUAUCGGCUCUGCAAACCGUCUGAGAAGCACAUCUACAAGUCGUCUCCGUUGUUUGGGCAGCUGCACACCGUGAAGAAGACGGGGAUCCUGCAGGUCGGUGAUGUGGUGUACAAGAUCAGCCGUUGAUAGAAGGAGUCAGAGAGAGACGGAGAAACAUGAACUCAUGUUUUUGAAAGAGGAAGAGGGCUUUGUUAUUAGCACUAUUGUUGUAUAAUCACUACACCAUACUAAAGAAAGCACUUAAAUAUAUGUAGUAUACAUAAAUAAUGACGAAUCUAACACUAAAAUAGUAAAAAGCACAAAUAUACGUAACAAGAAAAGAUGUUUUUGAAACAGGGCUGUGAUUCAGAGAGACCAAUCCACUGAGAUAACAUUCAGUUAAACAUAUGACAGUAACUUUCAUAUAAUGGAUUGUAUGAAUAUAUUCCACUGGGCUGCUCAGAUGUUGUUAACACCAAUGGUGCCUGAAUUAAACAUAUUUCUAACAACUGCA